GAAGAAAGAAGGCCAGCUUCAAGAGAAGCUGAUGGACCUUGAUCGAAAGAGGGAAGUGGCUUCGAAGCAGUUCGAAGAGAAGGGCAAGAUCACGAAGGAGAACUUGGACAAGCGUCUGGCAAUCAACAAGGAGACUGUUGCGAAGCUGGAUGAGGAGCAUAAGAAGAAGCAGGCGAGCUAUGCAGACGCAGUGGUUGCCGAACAAGAAAGGCUGGAGAGGUUCAUGGAAGAGCGGAAGCUCGCUACGUUAGAGCGUAGCAACGUCUUCCGAGAGAGAGUGGCGCAGAUGAAGGAGAAGACCGAGAUCCUGCAAGAGGAAAGGCGCCUCGAAGGAGAGAAGCAGCUGGAGAGGAUACAGGAGCGCAUCGACACCGUGUCGCGGCGGAGGGAAGACGAGCAGAAAAACCGGCAAGUUCGAAGCGAGGAGCAGCACCUGCAUCUCAUGGACGUCCGCGAAGCCAAGAGCCGCAUUGACCGUGUGGACGGCUACAGGCGGGAUGAGCUUCGUGAGCAGAUCGACAGCAACAUUGAGCGGAUCGAGACGCUGUUGGCUCUGAAGGAUCAGCUGCUGGAUCAGCGCAAGGGCCGCAACACGAAAGUGGAGAGCACGAAAGGAUCUCGUGGUCUCAGCUUGAAGCGCGACGUCCAACCCGGCCCUGGCACCUACGAGGCCCCGCCGACCUGUCUCCACGAGCUCCCUGCGGCGAGGAUCGGGAAGUCCAAGGUUCCUGGUUUGGUCGACGAUGCCAUCCGGGGUACGAAGCACAACCCCGCUCCUGGAAGUUACGACACCAUCCUCCUGCCGAAUGGCGACAAGCUCAACCAGCCUAGCGGAGGAGAGUUCAACAAGCGCAACCGCGACUCCUUCCUGGACGAAGUGAGGCGGAUCAAGGCUGAUGUGCCUGCUCCUGGAUCUUAUGCAGCCAAGAGCGAGCUGGACGGCCGCGCCGUGAGGAUGUCGCGCGAGCGCAUCGUUGGCGAGAACCUGGAUAAGCAUUCCGCGAAGAGGUUCCCAAUUUGGGCGCGGCCUUCGACUGACACACCGGGUCCUGCGGGCUACAGUGUGGAUGACUACACACGCAAGGAGGUCAUGCGGCGGGCGCAAAAAUCUUUGCCGAACCUGACCCGGGACAUGCUCAGGCUGGGACAUUUUUUGGACAAGAUUUGGGGACCGUAUGCUUUAGGGCUGUAG